AGAGGAAGAGGAGGCGGACACAGCCUAUGAGGAGGAGAGUGAGCAGUCACGUUGGACACGUGAACAACAUAAACUGUUCCGUGCUAUGCGGCCAUAUUUCUCUGGCCGAAGCAGGGGCUCGUUAAUUCGGGCCAUUGAGUUUGGCACCUCCAUGAAUGCAUACAUGGAGGAGUAUGCUCAAUUUACAUACUGCCCCGAGGGAACGAAAAAAAUGAGGGAGAAUGCUCAGACGAAGGUCAGCCGGGCCAAGGUCUUUGUAAAAUAUCUUUGCCUCGGCUGCCCUUCCCUGACGCUUUGGGACUGGACAUUUUUGUUCAACGUCCCCCUCCUGAAGUUUUACCCUGCUCUCCUGCGCAAUGUUGGCCUGGCCCCAACGACAGUUGCGCUGUAUGUGGGCCAGGCCAUCUCGUUCCUCGAACACCUGAGGGACACACUGCCAAAGUACUCCCGCCUGAAAAGUUCCCAGGUCAAUGUCCUCGUGAGGGAGUUGCGAAAGGUUUACAGAGACAUUGGGAGGAAACUCCUUGGACACCAGUCGCUUGUUAAACAGGACAAGCAGCAGCGGCUGGUGUCCAAGGAGGACCUGGCCCAGUGUCAGGCCUUGGCCAGGGCGAAAAUGCCUGAAUUGCAUAAGGACAUGAGAAAGGCGCCAGCCAGAGACCCCAGGACCCGCUACAGGUUCUUUGGCUACCUGGCGGCCUACCUUUUGUGUAUAUAUGGCCACAGGUCAGGAGUGCUCACGAAAAUUAAAGUAAAAGAGGUCAAGGACGCCUUGGGAGACGAAAGGGCGGGCUACCUGGUGAAUGUAAGUGAUGGAGCACAAAACUGUUUAUCAGAUUUAUCUAACAAGUGA